AUGAGAGAGAGAGAAAGAGAAGGGGAGGCACCUAGACCGGGGGAAGGGGGAGGGGACAGCAUCCGCAGGGCGGGGCGAGGGUCGGGCGGGGAGUAG